AUGGUCCAGUCCUUGGUCAUCCUGGUCCAGUCCUGUGUCUCCUUUCUCCCCCCUAUCUCUCAUCCCUUCCUCACUCUGCCUCCCCUCUCCUCUCCCUCUAUUGUGGACUUCCUCUCCCCCUCUCCUCAGAUCCUCUCCCGUAAUGACAGUCCCUCCCUCUUCACACCGAGUCCCUCCCUCUUCACACCGAGUCCGUCCCUCUUCACACCGAGUCCCUCCCUCUUCACACCGAGUCCGUCCCUCUUCACACCGAGUCCCUCCCUCUUCACACCGAGUCCCUCCCUCUUCACACCGAGUCCCUCCCUCUUCACACCGAGCCCCCCUCUUCACACCGAGUCCCUCCCUCUUCACACCGAGUCCGUCCCUCUUCACACCGAGUCCCUCCCUCUUCACACCGAGUCCCUCCCUCUUCACACCGAGUAG